AUCUUUCCCGGAGCACGGCGAGAGCCGAGAGCGCGCGCGAGAGAGAAGACGUCUCCUCGGUAUCCCUGCCGCACGUGCGCACACACGUAUACAUAUAUAGAUACGUACACACACACACGUACGCGGACCCACACGCGCAACUUUGCCCGUACCAGUCGGGAGAUAAGCAUUACGCGAGCCCCGCGCACACGCGCACAUCGAGCGCGGCUACCUUACUCACGAAGAUGAUAAGCGUCCGUGAGCUCCGCCACGUACACAGACGCAGGUGCCGAUAGCUAUUCGAAUAGUACUCGCGACCACGAGGGACGAUAAGCGCCCGUCGGACUCACGUGUUACCCCGAAGGAGAGACGCACAGGUGCGCACGUACUCGCGUACGCGAGUCCGAUAGUGCGAAGAUAGUGAUACGCCUUGAAGACGGUAGCGCGCGUACGAGACGCGCGCGGAGCGGAGCGAAGCGGAGCGUAGGAGCCGUGGGAGGCUCGGACGCGUAACCAGCCGAGGCACCACUCCGCGCCGCUCUCCUCGAACACCCGCGUCCGCCUGACCCCGAGAGGGAGACUUCAGUAAGCUCGGAGCUUUCAACCGGUCCGUAGCCGUCCGCUAUCGACGUCGCCGCCAGCCGUCGCGUCGCGUCGCGUCGCGUCGCGUCCCGGCGCGAAGCGCACCGCUGCUGAUCGUCGCGUAGCGAUCGCCCUGGACCCGGGGUGACAUCCUACGCUCGGGCGAUCGCGCGAUCCCCCUCGCGAGCACGCCGAGUCUCCGAAACUGGAGCGGAAAUCGAGAGGCGUCCCGGAGCAAGUGGAAGCUGCGAAGGGUGCCAGCGAGUUGAUCGCGAAAUAUGACACUGGCAGAACGGAGCGAUCCUACGCGGGUCAGCGCUUGGCAGCCGAUCGACAGCCUGCCGAACGAUUUCAACAUCCUUCCGGGGUCGGCUCGCUGCUAGACAGCGGCGAGGGUCCAGCGGCGUUGUCCCUUUCGAGACGAGGUCCUGCCGCGGCGGGGAAAAGGAUGAGGACGAGGAAGAGGAGCUCGCGAGGACGCGCCGGUCGAUGCGGUCUCGAGUUGGCGAUCGCGUGUCCGCGGGCCGCGCGUUGAUCCUGCCCCCGCGUCAGAUCGCACCGAUCCCCGAUAAAUAACUCGGUGUGAAGGUGCGAGGGGCGAGGGAACGGCUUUUCUAUUUGAGGCCGACGACGUGAGGGGACGAUCGAAGCCCGCGUGCGGAGGAGACGAUGAUCUCGCUUCCGGAUGCGGCCGAGGAUCCUCCCGUUUAAAGCCCGCGGUCGAUCGCACGUGAACGCUCCUGUCGAUCGCUCGAUCGUUCCGUGCCCGUCGGCGCGAAAUGAAAUCGACAUGGGACGAGAAAUGAAAAGUCAAUUAGCGCGAGGGACGAUGCGAUAGGGCGGGAAGAAUAGAAAAACCGCGGUUGAGUUCAACAUUGGGAGAGGCGAAGCUUUCGUAGCGGGAUUAUCAAUCCUGCGGCGGAAGAGCGAUGCGGUCUCGCCGAUAAUACCGGAGGCUGCGAAACACACGCCGUGACGGAUAUAUCGAACGGCGACGAACUUGAACGUGAAAAAAAGAAAGAAAGAAAAUGGGAAAAUACACGCGAGUCGCACGAGAUGCGUCUGCGUGAUCGCGCUUUUCGGCGAGCAAUCGGUAGUACCGUCCAAGCCGAUCGCGACUGAACGCUUUCGGGAGUGCAUCGUGUUCGACGCACGCCGGGGUAAAAGCGGAACGCAGUAAGCCGAAUGUAUCCUUGACAUGCUUAAAUUAAAGAAAGGAUAUCGACGCGAAAGGAAGGAGGGCAUGUUUUCCGAGAGGGAAUCGUGGGUGGAGUAAAAAUAAAAUGCGACUUUUGUGUGUACUCGCGCGCCCGAUAACGCUCGCGCCGAAGGGAAAUGGUGAUGAAACGCCGAGGAACGUUGUGGUCCGUUGAAAUGACGUGUGUUCGACGUGGCUGUCGACGAAGGACUCGAUUGUGCACGAAGGCGAGCGUUCACGUGCGGCAAGAAAACGCGAAUGACAUUUUGCAGGAGUGAUGGCUAUUUCGGGCCGGACACGCUGCAUUUAUAAGACAUUCCUCGCGAAUGGUUUACUGCAGAUUCGUAUUUCCGGGACUUGCGAAGACGUGCGUGAACACCGGGAAACGAAAGAGCGACGGGAUAUGAAGCUUCCUUUUAUUCGCACGGCUCUCGUCGCAUAACUGAACGUUCCUAUUGCGCUCGAUGCACGUUACAUUAAGCUCAAGGUGAUAUGGAAGCAGAAGACGAAGUGGAUGAUGAGUUGUCGGAGGCCGUCGACACGGAAGCGAAUCAUAACAACAACCUCGAGAACUUCGAGACGAUGAAGAUCUCUACGAAGCCAGUGUCGGAGAUGACACAGGAGAAGGGCGACUGUCCUCUGGUGCGCUCGUUCAAUCCCGAGCAAUCGGAGAUUGUCGGCACCGCCGACGACAGUCCCGACAAAUUGAAAACGUCCGUGCGAUCAGAAUCAAAAGUACCCCUAAGUACAAGUACAAAGACUGAUGUGAAAGAGAUUGAGAUCGCCAGGCUGUGCAGAGGCAAAAGGGUCAGCUGCCAGGAUACUAUACCCGAAUACGACGAGGACGUCAACCUCACUAUCGAUAAAGUUGGAAGAUACUUGGAGGCGCAUCCCGCUCUGGCCGAAAAGUGGCUGCGGGAGAAAGCGAGCCUCCACCUUCGGCAGAGAUUGCAGAGCACGUGUAUGUUACAAACAAUAACACCGAGCGCACCGAGUGCGCCCAGCAUGCAGCAGGAAGAGAGCCUUCUCAACCGGGGCAAACGCAACAGCGUCACAUCCGAUCUCUUUCAGACCUGGCUGGCCUCGAGUUCACCCGCAAAGCGCAGCAGGAGUCCCAACAGCACACUGAUGGAUCGUCGCGAGGAGCUCGGUAGACUGGACGAGAGCGAUCUGUUUAUGGAGCUGAUAAGGGACGUGGCGAACGAACUGGACAUCAACGUCCUCUGCCACAAGAUCCUGGUGAACGUCGGCCUACUCACUUAUGCCGAUCGCGGCAGCCUGUUCCUGGCGAAAGGACCCUUGGAGGACCGGUACCUGGUGGCAAAGCUGUUUGACGUCACUCAGGAAACCGAGCUCGAGGAAGCCAUUCAACGGGCUAAGAACGAGGAGCUCAAAAUACCGUUCGGAGUCGGUAUCGCCGGUUACGUGGCGCAAACCAAGGAGAUUAUCAACAUCAAGGACGCUUAUAAGGAUCCGCGAUUCAACAGCGCCAUUGACAUGCGAACCGGAUACAAGACGACAUUGAUUCUGUCGAUGCCGAUCUGCAAUUACGAGGGCGACGUCAUCGGGGUCGCCCAGAUCAUCAACAAGACGAACGGCAGCAACGAAUUUACGGACAGAGACGUCGAGGUGUUUCAAAGAUACCUCACAUUCUGCGGCAUCGGCAUACAGAACGCGCAGUUGUUCGAGCUGUCCGUGCAGGAAUACCGACGCAAUCAGAUCCUCCUCAAUCUGGCGCGGAACAUAUUCGAGGAGCAGAACAAUCUCGAGUGUCUCGUCACGAAAAUCAUGACCGAGGCGAAGGAGCUGCUCAAGUGCGAGAGGUGCGCCGUUUACCUGCUGGAUUUGGACUGCGGCGAGGCAGGGCAUCUCGAGAAAAUCGUCGAGCGGCCCGGGAAGUCGGUGCAAGAGAGCAGAAAGCCGUUGUCGAGAAGAGAGAGCAAUAACAUCGACAUGGAGGAUAUUAUUCAGCAGCAUGCAUCGAACGAAGGUAGCAAGUUUACCAUGGUAUUCGAGAUGGAAAACGAAACGCAAGAGGCCCGGGUCUAUCGGCCGAGUAGCAACAACCUGUCGAGCACCCUGGGUCAGAUCGCGAGGUACGUCGCCGCGUCGGGUCAAAUCCUCAACAUUGGCGACGUGGCCACGUGGCUGAAGAAAGACGUGAUGGAGAGCGGAAAGGAGCCCAUCAGAAGUAUCCUAUGCAUGCCGAUCGUCAACGGGCAGAGAAUCGUCAUCGGAGUUGCUCAAUUGAUCAACAAGGACAACGGCACGUCGUUCACCGACUCGGACGUGUCGAUAUUCGAGGCGUUCGCUAUUUUCUGCGGCCUCGGUAUUCACAACACGCAGAUGUACGAAUCUGCGUGCAAGCUGAUGGCGAAGCAGAAGGUGGCCCUCGAGUGCCUGAGCUAUCACGCGACCGCCAACAACGACGACGCCCUGCGGCUCGUCUCCGAUCGCAUACCGUCCGCGGAAACGUACAACCUCUACAGCUUCACGUUCACCGACUUCGACCUCACCGAUGACGACACGUGCCGCGCCACCAUCAGGAUGUUUAAGCAGUGCGACCUCAUACAGAAGUUCCACAUACCGUACGACGUUCUGUGCAGGUGGAUCCUCAGUGUGAAGAAGAAUUAUAGGCCAGUAAAGUACCACAACUGGCGGCACGCGCUGAACGUCGCGCAAACGAUGUUCGCGAUGCUGAAGACCGGCAAGAUGGAGCAAUUCAUGACCGAUCUGGAAAUCCUCGGGCUUCUGGUGGCCUGCCUUUGUCACGAUCUGGAUCAUCGCGGCACGAACAACGCGUUCCAGACGAAAACCGAAUCUCCGCUGGCGAUCCUCUACUCGACCAGCACGAUGGAGCACCAUCACUUUGACCAGUGCGUCAUGAUCCUGAACUCUGACAGCAAUAACAUUUUUCAGAGCUUAUCAAUGGAGGACUAUAGACGUGUGAUGAAAGUCGUGGAGAGCGCCAUUCUGUCGACCGAUUUGGCGAUGUACUUUAAGAAGAGGAAUCGCUUCAUGGAAGUGAUCGACGAGGGCGAGUUUGAUUGGCAGAGCGAGGAGAAGAAAGAAUUGCUAUGCGGCAUGAUGAUGACGGCGUGCGACGUGAGCGCGAUAGCGAAGCCCUGGGACGUGCAGCAUCGCGUGGCGAAGCUGGUGGCCGAUGAAUUCUUCGAUCAAGGCGACCUGGAGCGCCUGCAGCUCAACCAACAGCCGGUGGCGAUGAUGGAUCGCGAGAGGCGGGACGAAUUGCCGCAGAUGCAGGUCGGCUUCAUCGACGUCAUCUGCCUGCCGCUCUACAAAGUCUUAGCGGAAACGUUCCCAUGGAUCCUGCCGCUCUACGAGGGCACCACGGAGAAUCGAAAGCACUGGCAGGAUUUGGCGGAGAAGGUCGAGAUGGGACUAACGUGGAUCGACCGCGACACGAUCGAGGAGCCGGUGGAGGAAUUCGUUUCCUACGAGCCUAAGGACAUCGAGUUCACGGUCACGACCUUGAACUGCGCCCACCCCGACAAGAGGGAACAGAUGCCGGACAGAUCGUCGCUCGGCAGGUUCGCCUCGCUGAGAAAGGGCGGACGUACGUUGAGCAAAGGGGUCCGACAUCGCAUCAGCAGGUCUCUUUACGCCAGGAGCAGCUCGGAGGACGCCGGCAAGUCGAAGGCGUUGCUCCCGGAGAGGAAGAAUCGCAACAAGCUGUGCCUGCUCAUUUGACGGCUAACUUCGACGACGCUCGAGAGCAUCCCCGAAUGAUGGCCAACGAGUGGCGACACUUGGAAAUGGGUAUUUAAAUACACAUCGCAGCUUCCAGGUCGCGAAAGAUGGAAUCUUUAACGUUGAGAUCACCUGGAGGCUGAAGCUUGGCAGAUUCACGAACGAGCUGUCAUUGGAAAAGAGCUUUAGGGUGAACCUAGAAGGCGCUCUUAGAAGAAUAACGUUGUCUGCCUCAAUAACUAAGUCGGACUAUUCCCGAAGAGUAGAAUGAUACCAAAUGGACUGUUUCAAGCAAGUUUCUUUGUAGCUGCUUUCAGUUGCAGCGAAAUACUUGUGGGAAAUGAAUCCUCUGGGCGAGAGAGAGAGAAAUAUUAGCAGGAAUGAUCAUUAUAUAGGAUCUUUUAAUUCAAAACGAUCGUAUUUGAUCAGAAAUCAGAAGACAGAAAAGGAAUGAGCGGUGAGAAGAAAUGGCGAUAAAUUUAGCAAUUUGUAAAAACCGAAUAUUCGUGCAAAGAACCGAGUUUAGUUAGAUCUGAGAAAACUGACAAUAUCGACAAGAGGAAAUUGCGAUCGACUAAGAGAAUAAUUUUCAGUACAAAGAGAGUAAAACAGAUCGCAAUGUGAUCGUUCGCAUUUCGAAGAGAACUGGUUUGAUUAUCGAAAGAUCCGUUGUAGUACUCUAUCAUUAUUCAUUUCACGACUUAAAAGAGAAGUAAAGAGUUAAGAAUCUCGAUAUUAUCUAACCGAAUUAGGCGCGAAUUCGAAUCAAAGUAUUCAAAGUUCAACGUAAAACUUAGCACGAGUGAGAAAAUUAUAGAACCAACUAAACGCAUGUCUACGUAAUUCCCGGGAAAGUAAUUCCCGGGGUGAGAAAAAAAAUACGCUCAACAAAGACGUUCCAUUGAUUUCGGCGCGCAUUCCAAUCUCUCCAUUGCCAGGCGUAGAAAACGGCGAAUCAAAAUACCGGAGUGAUUAACGAGACGGCGAAUCUUCGUGGCGCGAGGACGAACAAAUUACGCGGCUCGAGGAAAGAAAGGGAGGAGAGGAUCGGGAAAGAGGGUGGACGAGGUGGUGAUCUCAUGAGGCGUACAUCGGCGCGUCGGAUCCCCGAGAAAACUGUUGCCCGUAGGUUUUAAGGCGAUAAUACGUAGACAACGGUGUUACGUGAAACACGUGUGCUUAGUCGAUGGCUAGGUAGCUAGAGAACUCGACGGUCGGUCGUUGCACCUCACAACGACAUUGCUCAUAAUCGCAAUCCCGUAGAACGCGAGGAAGCGUGCUGUUAUGUGUGAAUGUGUCGGGCGUCGUCAGAUGAUGAUGAUGAUGAUGAUGAUGAUGAUAACGCUGAUGAUGAUAACGAUGAUGAAUUCAAUUUUGACAAUCUUUUUGUAUCACAUCUCGAUGAUAUUCUAGGCUAUACAGUUCGGCGUGCGAAGGGAUCGGUGACGAUGACGCUUGUAGAUUGAAGACGCGCGAAUCGGACUCGCGGACACGCUGCUCCACGGCAGUUUCGGUCGGAAACGAGCGCAGUUUCAUUGUUUUUAUCAACUCAGACUUUUCUUCAGAGCGAUCUCCGCGAUAACGAAGACAGAGAGAAAGAGAGAUGCGCAAUCGAUAUGGUUAAGCAAAAAAAAAAAGAGAGAGGAGAGAGAGAGAAAUUGCUCUCGAGUCGACUUCUUCAUUUUAAUCAAACCUUAAAAAUUUCAAAUAAAAAUAAUGUAUAAGUUUAAAAUAUUUCAUAGGUUCUACAA